AUGGCACCAACUGUACCUAUAGAGUUUGCUGGACAAAAGGAAUCCCGAAAGUACUCUCAUUCACAGAAUAUGGGGAAGUCUAGGAAAUACUCCAAAGCCUAUGCUACUGGUUUUGUGCCUGAUUUUCGGCAUGCUGUUGAGACUAUGGGUGAAUCGGAAGGGUUGGGUAGUUUGGGAAGGGUUGAUACGGAGCUGACGGCAUCAGCAGAUUCUUGUGCACCUAAGAGGAAAUGUCCUGGUUUGAACAGCGGUGGUUAUGGUAGUUUUGAUGUACCUUUUCAACUUUUCUCUCUGUCAAGGAUGUCGAGUUUUGAGAGAAAGGAUUUGAAAACUAGGUUGACAUGGGAACUUGAACAGGUAAAGGAAUUUCAGAAGAAAGUUGAUAGUAUGAACUCAAAUGUUGUUGGAUUAUCACCCUCCAGUGACAUUAGGAGCUGCAGUGCAGGGCAAAAGAGGCCUAAGCUGGAUAGCCAGCAUAUGACUAUGGAUGUAUCGGUGCCACAUGGUAAGAAAAGGCCCUUACCGGGAAAUAGUGGUCCCAAGACAAAGAAAAGUAUAUCUGGGCGCUCUGAAUUUGUAAAACCUGCUGCACCAGUGACUUCACAUGCUGCCUUCAUGAAACCUUGUGAGGCAUUACUUAACCGAUUGAUGACUCAUCAGUUUGGUUGGGUUUUUAACACACCAGUUGAUGUUGUUAAAUUGAACAUUCCUGAUUAUUUCAAUGUCAUCAAACAUCCAAUGGACUUGGGUACUGUGAAGAGGAGAAUAACCUCUGGUGAAUACUCAAAUCUCAUGGAUUUUGCUGCUGAUGUGAGGCUGACUUUCUCAAAUGCAAUGACUUAUAAUCCACCUGGCAAUGAUGUACACCUCAUGGCAGAUACCCUUACUAAAAUUUUUGAAUCGAGAUGGAAGGCCAUAGAAAAGAAAAUUCCUGUUAUUGAUUGUGUCCCGUCUGAGCCUUCAAGACCUACUCGUGUGGAAACAGAAAUUUCUGACCGAGUUCUUCCCACUAAAAAGAAGAAAAUAAUGCCAAAUAAUGUCAAGCCUGAGCCUCUUAAAAAAGUAAUGACUGUAGAGGAGAAGCAUAAAUUGAGUGUGGAGUUGGAGGCCAUGCUUGGAGAGCUGCCUGAUGCUAUUGUUGAUUUCUUGAGGGAGCAAAGUUAUAAUGCAGGGCAAACCAAUGAUGAUGAAAUUGAGAUUGAUAUAGAUGCUCUUAGUGAUGAUACCCUAUUCAAACUGCGGAAGCUUCUUGAUGAUUAUUUGCUGGAGAAGCAAAGAUCCCAGGCAAAAGCUGGACAAUGUGAAAUGGAGCUUCUGAAUGAAUCAGGGUUCAGUAAUUCACCAGUGCAACCUUGCAAAGGCAAUGAACAGGUCGAGGAGGAUGUGGACAUUGUUGGUGGAAAUGAUCCUCCUAUUUCAAUUUAUCCUCCAUUAGAGAUUGAAAAAGAUGGUACUAAUCGAAACAGUAAAUGCAGUAGUUCAAGCAGCUCUAGUAGUGAAUCUGGCUCUUCAUCCAGUGAUUCAGACUCAGGUAGUUCAUCUGGUAGUGAGUUGGAUAUGGCUAAGACAUCAGAACAUCUUAGUGCUACCAAGGAAAAUGUAGGAUCUGGCUUGACCUUAGAUCAAAAUAAAGGGGAUCGUGGUAAUUCAGAAACUGAAAAGGAUUCAACAAAUGUGGGAGGCCAAGUUGAGCAGUCUUCCCAGAGUAAGCUUGUUACUUCAGAACCAGAAAGUCAUCAAGAGGGGGAGAGUGCUGCAUCUAAGAGGCAAGUCUCUCCCGAAAAGCUCUACCGUGCAGCUUUAUUAAGGAGCCGAUUUGCUGACACCAUUCUUAAAGCUCAGGAGAAAGCCCUUGAAAAGGAUGACAAGCGGGAUCCUGAAAAACUUAGGAUAGAGCGAGAAGAUCUUGAAAGGAGGCAGAAAGAAGAGAAAGCCCGGUUGCAGGCAGAGGCAAAGGCUGCAGAAGAAGCUCGGAGGAAAGCUGAAGCAGUAGCUGCAGCUGAAGCCAAGAGGAAAAGGGAACUGGAAAGAGAAGCAGCUCGUCAAGCAUUGCAAAAGAUGGAGAAAACUGUUGAUAUCAACGAGAGCAGUCAAUUUUUGGAAGAUCUUGAGAUGCUUAGUGCUGUACAUGAUGAACCUCUGCCAAGUUUCAAAGAGGAGAUAAGCGCAGAUCUACCUCAAAAUGGAUUGGGUAGGAUCAAGCUGCAGGGAAAUCCCUUAGAACAGCUAGGAUUGUAUAUAAAGGAUGAAGAUGAGGAUGAGGAGGAACUACCUUCUUGUGGUGCUGCAGGACCCUCAAAUGAUGUGGAAGAAGGAGAGAUUGACUGA